AUGCAAGGUGAGGCAGCAGUCGGGACCGGCCUCGCCCAGUUUGAACUCCAACAUCCGGCAGCCAUUACGAUAAAUACUGAAGGCGCAUUCAUUGACCCGGUCGAUACCACCCACGACGACCUCAACAUUUUACUGCCUAACCAUGACAAGCGUGUUUCGCAUGUCUCUAUAGAUAUUGGCGGUUCUCUGGCGAAAAUUGUAUACUUUACAAAGAACCACGCGGGUCGCGGCGGCCGUUUGCACUUCAUUUCCUUCGAAACUGAGAAACUAGAGCAGUGGCUGUCUUUUCUCGAACAGCUCGCCGCUCAGCACCCCAAAGACCGCCGCGUUCGCGUCGUUGCUACGGGGGGCGGCGCUUACAAGUACUAUGAUCGUAUUCGCAGUCGUCUCGACGUAGAAGUGGGGCGUGCAGACGAAAUGGAGUGCCUUAUUGCCGGCACCUCGUUUUUUGUUGAACGCAUCCCCAAAGAGGUCUUCAGCUACACUGACGAGACCCCCAUGCUGUUUUCCGAGGUUCCUGGGAAAUACCCGUACAUGCUGGUUAAUAUUGGAUCUGGUGUUUCUAUUAUCAAAGUAACUGGGCCCCAGCAGUUUGAGCGUAUCGGAGGCUCCUCCUUAGGCGGAGGAACCCUGUGGGGCCUUUUGAGUCAACUUACACCAGCAAACUCUUAUGAAGAAAUGCUAGAAAUUGCUUCUACUGGUGACAACCGCAAUGUCGACAUGCUGGUUGGCGAUAUUUAUGGCUCAGACUACUCUCGCAUCGGCCUCAAGUCUUCUACCAUCGCCAGCUCGUUCGGCAAAGUGUUUAAACAUCGCACGGAAAAGUUUGAUCCAGCAGAUAUCUCACGCAGUCUGUUGUAUGCUGUUUCAAACAAUAUAGGUCAACUUGCCUACUUGCACGCCCGCUACCACGAAAUUGGAGAUAUCUAUUUUGGCGGCUCUUACAUCCGCGGCCACACGCAAACUAUUCACACAUUGGCCUACGCUAUUCGAUUCUGGUCAAAGGGUGAGAAAACAGCCUACUUUUUCCGCCACGAGGGCUACUUGGGCGCGGUUGGUGCAUUCAUCUCGCAGGACGGAUUGAUUGAAUCACCGCGAUCGAGCCCCGAGGCAGAGUAA